AUGCUCUACACGGCGAUGCGCCGCCGUUUCGUGGACUGGGUGAGCCCCGAGCUUUUCGGGAAGUGGGUGAAGAAGGACAUCGUCCGCAGCGUCGCGCGGAAGGGGUAUUUGGUCGUCCCUGCCGCCAACAUGACAGCCGCGCGGCGCCAGCGGGUUCUCGACGUCGACGCAGAUGCUAUCUUGGGCCCGAGCAAGAUAGCCAGCAUCGACCCCGGCAUUGACUUGUCGCAAAAUUUCAUUGUCGACCACGUCGUGGACCGCAACAUGCUGGGCGUCGGGGCGUACUUCACCGUAGUUACGACGGGCUCGGAACACAGCUAUAAACACAGCAUGCGGAGCCAUCCGUCCUCCGGCGUGCACGCGCUCCCCGACGCCCCCAGGGCCCGCGCGCUGCCCGCGCCUGCAGUGGAGGACGAAGCGCCCCAAGAACCCGCUCCACAGGCGAGAGCCGCCGAGGCCGCGGGAGCUUCGGCGGCGACCGGGGCUGCUCCAUGCAGCCGCGCCGUCGCGCGGCAUCCGUCCAACGUGUCCGACGGUGGCCCUUGCGAGGACGUCGUUGCGCGCGAUCUGGCGCAGACGCCGAAGGCUUGCUUUGAAGCUGGCCGCUACUGCACCAAAGACGCGCACCUGUCGAACUUCGCCAUCAACAAGGGGAAGUCCACAGAGUUCAACGAGCGCGCCUUUUUCGAGGCGCUUACCCCGUGGUUGCGGAAGUGCCCGAAGUACGUUGCGAAGGCGCUGUUGAGCAGCGAGGCUCUCGAACACCUAGGGCACUUCGCGGGGGCGUUCAAGCAGCUCUCGGAUGCCCUGCCGUCCGCGGUGGGCAACCUGGGCAAGGCCUUGGCGGUGCUCGCGGCUUCCCGUGUCGAUUCCGACGAGAGCAUGAAGUUGGACUUCAUGGACCUGGGGGAGAGGCAGUUUUUCAAAGACAGCAGGUUGUACAAGGCUUUCGAUAAGCGGAGGGCGGCCGCGAAGAUAUCGAAUUUGAGAGCGGCGUCCACGCGGAGCGACGCGGGCCGCAAGGCUGCGGCGGAGGCGCUUCUGCCCGCUGCCGCGACGGACGAGGGUAAAGAGGAUGUGACGUUUGCCAAGGCGCUCUUUUCGGGUAUGGUGGCCAAGGAGAAGGCCAAGUACUUGUUCUCGCUCUGCAGCCUGGAGCGGCUGAGGUCUUGGAAGGCAGACCACCCCUUGUUGCUGUUGGAACCCUGGCUGCGGCCGGGCACGACCUGGGCGGAGGUGCUCGGCGAGGCGUUCGAGAAAGCAGCCGAUGCUUUCAUCGGGCAGGACUGCCCCGUGGAGCCAGCGGCGAACCGGGUCCUGAGGGAGCUGUUGAAGGAGCGCCGGAAGUUGCUAGCCGCGGCGCCAGAAGACGAUUUCGUCAAGAAGGUUGGCAAGGCUUGCUUCUUGGAGGGCGCCGGUGGCAAGCUCGGCGCCCCCGGCUGCGCGGUGGCGAAGGUUGACCAGGGCGAUAUGCGCUUGCCCGCGCGCAUGAACGUCGCGAAGGUCAUCGGCAAGGCCAUGGGGAAGACGGCGAAGCGGACAUCGGCCAGCAAACCAGAAUCGACUGCCGCGGCAGUCUGGCAGGCGCAUGCGGAGCCCCAGCAGGCCGCGAAGAAGGGCGACGGGAAGACGGCGGGCGCGGGAGCGGCCGCCACUGCAGAGGCCGCGCCGCCCGCGGGCGCCGCCAGCGCGGCCGCAGUCGCCGCUGGCGGCCGGGCGCCCGCGGCUGACCCGGGAGGCGGCGAGGCGGCCGCCGGGGCGCAGGACGCGGGCGCCGCGUCGGCGGUCCUCAAGAAGAAGGAGCACCGUAGUAAGCGAGCCGUCAUAGAGACUGCCCCGACGCAGCACUACUGGAUCAAGUUCGAAGAGGGCGACGUCGGCGUGAAGGGCUCAAGCAUCAAGACGCUCCAGAAUAACGCCGAGCCCAUCAUGGAGGGCGGCGCGCCCGCGCUGGCAGCUCCAGCCGGCCAGAGUGCGCUGAAGGUCACCCUUGCCUCCGACAAAAAACGCACAUCGACUGCGGAUGAGACUUCUGCGGGUGGGCGGGCCGCGAAGAGGGCCAGAUCCGAGCAAGAGGCGGACGGUUUGUUCGGGCUGAGCGAGUGA